GGGAAAAACUGUGGGAUAAGCCCCACACAUUUCAAUCACACACAAAAAUAUCUUAUCUUGGGAAAAACUGUGGGAUAAGCCCCAUACUAUACUCACAAUGGCGAUUAAGCCCUCAUAUUUUAAAAAACAUUCAAUUGAAAACUUGAACUAUUAAAAAUGGUCAAUUAAACUUUUUAGCCGAUGGAAAUCCAAUUUCCCGGUUAAGUGCCCGCUCAGCAUUUUCUUUUUUCUUUUCCCUUUCUUUUUCUUUUUCUCGUUUGCUUUUCCUCUUUUUUUUUCUCUUUUCUUUUGAGUAUUUUUAUGUCACUAGGAAUAAGACUUUUUUAUAUAUCGUAAAACAUUCGGAUUUAUAUUAAAAUCGAGAACGCAUACAAGACAAUCUUUAGAUAGAUUUUACAGAUCUAAUCAUGAACCCUAGGAGUAGACAUAGAAUCAGUCACCUCAUACAAAACAACCUGACUCACUAAACCUGAAACGGGCAAAUUUAAGCCUAAAACGAACGGAUCUGAAACCUUGACUAUCAAAAGAACACCAAAAUCCAAACAUUCAAACCAAAUCUACUCGGACUAAAACAAAAACAAAUAUUACUAAAAAAAUAAUAAUAUUGAAAUAAAAUCUUUCCACAAAACUUUUCCUGAUAUGAAGCUGAUUCUGGAGGAGGACGAGCUCUUGCAGUAUGAGUGAAUACCAACUCCAUCCCUAUGAGUGAAUUCCAGAUAUGUUAUGAGUGGAUAUAAUUUUAUUUUAUUCACCAAUGUGAUAACACUUCUCUUUUUCUCAACCAAUAUUCAUUAUCAGGAUUUCGGAAUGGACGACGCCUAUAAGUCGUAACAUAUCUGGAAGGAAACUUCUCGAAAAUCCUUAAAUACCACAAUCUCCCCUCUUUAAAAUUCUUUUCGCAUUCUUGAACUUUCGUCUAUUUACUGUACCUUCCAGCUGUUUCCAUACCUAACCCAAAUAAGUACCAUCCACCCGUCCGAACCUUCUAGAAUUACCAUUCAUUCCCACCCUCCUCGCCACCACCCUCCUUUCCCUCCCUCUCCACCACCUUCAUCGACGGCGUUACUCUGAACACCAGAUCUGCGCCACUUACUUCUUCAAAGUACGGUUUAAUAUCAUCUAUGGGUCCUCCGUUCCCGGCGGAGCGUAACGGAGGAGAAGCAACCGUCAGCGGAGAGGCGCAGAGGACGACUCCGACGCCGUUUCUGACGAAAACGUACCAGCUCGUCGACGACCGUUCCGUCGACGACGUUAUCUCAUGGAACCACGAUGGAUCUACCUUCGUCGUGUGGAAUCCGACUGAGUUCGCCAGAGAUUUGCUCCCCAAGUAUUUCAAGCACAACAACUUCUCCAGCUUCGUCAGACAACUCAACACAUACGGAUUCAGGAAAGUCGUGCCGGACCGCUGGGAAUUCGCGAACGAUUUCUUCAAGAGAGGUGAGAAACGCUUGUUAUGCGAAAUACAGCGUCGCAAAGUUGCGACGGCAGCGGUGGCUGCGACAGCCACCGUUGUCGCCUCUGCUGCGGUCACGGUGGUCGCUCCCAUGCCCGCACUUCCCCUAAAGACGGUAUCGCCGUCGAAUUCGUGCGAAGAGCAAGUUGUAUCCUCCAAUUCGUCUCCCGGAACAGCCAUCCGGGAAGCAGCCCGUGCAGGCAGCACGGAGGAGCUCAUCGGAGAGAACGAACGGCUGAGGAACGAGAACACGCGGCUCAACAAGGAGCUAAGCGAAAUGAAGAAACUCUGCAACAACAUAUACCAGUUGAUGUCGAAUUAUUCUACCCCGGAAAGCAGCUCGAGACCGAUAAAGCCGCUGGAUCUUAUGCCGACUACUGCCGCUUGCGGCGGAGGGACCGAACAGGAUCCUGGCGAACCGAGAGCAACAAUAUUUGGAGUUCCGAUCGGGUCGAAGCGGGCGAGGGAGGUUGAGCAUGGAUCGGCGGAGCAGGAUAACGAGCUGCGGCUGCAACCUCCUUUGGCCGCGGUGAAAUCCGAGCCAUCGGAUCCACAAAACGGAAAAGAGUCGUCGUGGUUUAGACAUUGCCAAAGACGUAAUCCAAAGGGGGUGUGAUUAGACCGCGCCGAUCGACAGAUUAGAUUAGAAGCGGUGGCGUACGCUGUACGAGGAGAGAGGCAUGUGCUAUAAUUAGUCACGUUGUUUUAUCUAACCUGCGUUUGAAGCUUUUCUUUUCAAUGUGGUUUAAAGUAUAUAAACCUCGGUUAAAUUUUAGUUAGCCACUUUUUCUGCUGAUGAAUAACUCAAUAACGUAGUUCUCUGUGUGGAAAUCCGAAAUAUCUUGGUCGCACAGGUAGUGUAGUGUUUUUUUUUUUUUUAUGGUUAGUGUAGUGCUGUUGUACAAUCACUAUACAAUUGUUAUUGUUAUUCUAAAUAAAUUAUUUUAUCCUAUCAUUUUGAAGAAUGAGGUAAGAAAAAUUGAAAUG